AUGUCCCAUCCCUCCGUCCCUCCGUCCCCCCAUCCCCCCAUCCCUCCGUCCCUCCGUCCCUCCGCCCCUCCAUCCCUCCGCCAUCCCUUCCACCAGAACCAUGUGACGACAACGAUCCCUGCACUCUCGACGCCUGUGCCUGGCACGGCCAUGGCCCCUUGUCCCUCUCGCCCUGCCUGCCCCACCCCCACUGCUUCUUCCACCCGCCCCACUGCACACACACCCUUCUCCCUGACUGCACGCACACGUCAUCCCCCUGCCCUCACACCAACUGCCCUCGUCCUCAGUAGCUCGCCGGGAAGCCAUGGAGGGGGGGAGGUUGGCGGAGGGGCGGGGAAGUGGCAGGAGGAAGAGGAAGAAGGGGAAGGAGGGGGAGGGGAGGAGGAGGAGGAGGAGGAGGAGGAGGAGGAGGAGGAGGAGGAGGAGGAGGAGGAGGAGGAGGAGGAGGAGGAGGAGGAGGAGGAGGAGGAGAAGAAGGAGGAGGAGAGGGGGGGGGGAGGGGGAGGAGGAGGAGCAACACGCACCAUCCAUCCUCUGCCACUUUCCCCAAGCGCAAACACACGCACCCGCCUCUCGCACCUCUCUCCCCGCGCACCACCCUUCGCACAGUGUCAUCCUCCUCGCGACUGCCCCUCAUAUCCCCCUCCCCCCCCCUUCACCAACUCCCUCCGCUGGCCCCGCUCCCCCCCACCCUCUCUGCACCGCCCUCGCCCCCGCACGUCUCGCUCUCCUCUCUCUCCCCCUCCCAGCUCCUCCUCACACCAUCCCUUCUCGCGCCCUCCCAGCCCUGCUGCUCCCAAACCCCAUCCUUCCAAGCUGCAUCCUCCCAAGCCUCAUGCUCCUAAACCCCCGACCAAUCGAGCAGCAGCGCUGCUUAAAAAGCCCCCGCCACCCCCCAGUGCCCCUCACUCCAGAGCCGAAGCAGACUCGAAGCAAUCAUACGACCCGUUACCGUUCGCAUGGGACCGCCCCUACUUGUCCCCAGCCUCGCCCCGCCACGCCCCCAGACACCACUCCUCACGGCACCCACCCCCUCCUGCCAAGAGGACGGGUCGUGCAAAGCACAAGAAGCGAAAGCCCCCGCCAGCAGGUGGAGCAGAUGUGACGACAGGGAAGAAGCCCCCAAGGGCACGCCAGCCAACCCCACCCCCUCCACCAGCACCUUUGGUUCCGCCCCCCACACGACCACCAGCAGGCACUGCAGCACCACCUGGUGCACCACCUUCAGGGGAGGCACGGGGACCAGCAGCACCAGGCAGGCCACGAAGACGUAAGAGGCCACCACUGCCGGGAGCAGGUGGAGGCUCAACCAUUGCCUCGCCACCUCCCUCCUCGCGCUCUACCUCCCCUUCUCUCCGCCCCCGUGCUCCCCCCCGCCCGCCUCCGCCUCGCCCCCGUGCGCCUCCCCCUCCGCCGCCCCCGCCCCCUCCCAGGAGGCGCAAGCGGGGAAGGAAGAGACCUAGACCCCCGCUCUUCUUCCCUCCUCAUUCUCCUCCUCCCCCUCCUCCCGCCCCUCCUGUCCCUCCUCCCGCUCCUCCUCCUCCGCCUCCUCGCUCCCCUCCUCCCGCGCCUGUGGCUCCGCGUGCACCGCAACGCCCCCCGCCACCGAGGGGGAACGCCAAGCCAGUACCGCCAGAAGUGGAAGGCAGCAGCGUGGAGGGAGGGAGCAGUGGAGGCAAUGGCAGCACCACCACCACUGGCAGCACCGACAACGGUAGCGGCAGCAGCAAUGAAGAAUCUCCCCCUCCCGUGUUCCUUCCUGCGCCUCCCAUGUCUCUCCCGUUUCCUCCCCCACCAUCAUCUCCAUCCCCGCUCCCCUUUCUCUCGCCUCCGUCCUCAUCUCCUUCCUUGCUUCCUCCUCCGCUCAUGCCCUCUCCUCCCUCCACGCGCUCCCCUCCCUCUCCCCCCCUUGUCACACCGUCUCCAUCCCCCUUGUCGCCUUCCAAGCCCCCCACACGCCGCCACCCGCCUCUCCGCCCCCCACCACCCCUCCCUGCUCCUCCUAUUCCCACUCCUGCUCCCCCUCGCCCAGCUAAUAACACCCCCGGUUCCUCACUCCCUCCCUCCUCCCCGUCCCCUUUCCUCUCGCCUUCUCCUCCACCGCCCCCCCUCGUGCCCCAGAUUCCCUCAACCCCUCCACCACCCCCUCCUGUCCUCCCCCCUACCAGACCCCCGCCCGGACCUUCUCCCAGACCCCCUCUCAGACCCCCUCCCAGGCCUCCCCCUCCCUCCAAGCCCCCCCUCAGUCCACCCCGCCUCCCCCCACCAAGACCCCCUCCUAGCCCACCCAAGUUCCCCCCUCCUUCCCCACCUCCCCGCCCACCUUCCCCCCCACCCAAGCGCCGCCACCCUGCUCCACGUCCCCCUCGCCCCCCUCCCCCUCCACGCCCCCCACCACGCCGCCCCCCUCUCCGUCCCCCUCCCCGUCGCCCUCCCCCACGCCCGCCCCCACGCCCCCCUCCUCCAAAGCCCCCAUCGCCCCCUCCGCCCAUCCUCCCUUCCCCCGAGGGCGUGUUCAACGUGAGGGCGUUCGGGGCGGUGGGGGACGGGAAGGUAGACGACACAGACGCCAUGAGCCGUGCGUUUGCAAGGGCGUGCGAGUACGAUGGGGGGCGGCAGGGCAGGCGGGCCACGCUGCUGUUCCCGCGGGGCUUCACGUUCUUCAUGAAGGGGCGCAACGUGGUGUGGCGCGGGCCGUGCAGUAGCGGCGGACUUGUCUUCAAGGUGGAUGGCAUGAUAUCGAGCUACCCGCGCGGGGUGUCGUACCUGACGCCCAUCAUUAACCUACUUGCCAUCCCGCGCCUCCUCGUGACUGGCUCCGGGCGCAUGGACGGCCAGGGCUACGAGGUGUGGCCGCGUGCGGCGCGCCGGCCCUACCUGCUGCAGCUGGAGAACUGCACGGAUGCGGAGGUCACAGGCAUCACCAUCAGCAACCCAGCGAAGGUGCACCUGAACAUCCGGUUCUGCGAGCGCGUGUGGAUCCAUGAGUUUGAGACGCGCACGCCGUACAACGGCGGCAACACGGACAGCAUCCACAUCGUCUUCUCCUCUGACGUGCUCAUUGAAGACUGCACCCUGCACGGCGGGGACGACAACGUGUCGAUAGUGGGUAGCUCGUCCAACAUCCUCAUCCAGAACGUCGUCUGCACUGCCGGCCAUGGCAUCAGCAUCGGCAGCCUUGGGAACUACGGUGCGCUGGCAUGUGUGAGCAACGUGACGGUGAGGAACGUGUUCAUGUCAGGGCUGCAGAACGGGCUGCGCAUCAAGACAUACGAGAUGGGGCAGGGCGCCGUGUGGAACAUCCGCUACGACAACGUCACCAUGGUGGACGUGGGUCGCCCCAUUAUCAUCGACCAGUACUACUGCGAGCGAGCGCCAUGUGAUGACGGGCACAGCGGCAUUGCGGUGUUCAACGUGUCCUACUCGCGCAUUCGCGGCACCACCAACGGCAGCACCGUGGGGGGCAUCGAGUUGCGGUGCAGCAACCACGUGCCGUGUGGGCAGAUCUCGCUGUGGGACGUGCACCUCCGCCACACCAAGUCCAAGGUGCAGCUCAAGCCGCUGUACAUGCAUGCAUACGGCAGCAGCAGGAACGUGCAGCCGUGGAGUGAGGAGAGCACGGGCACGUGGAGUAAGACGAGCCUGUCCAAGGCUGCAGCUGGCCGAAUCACCAGCGAGUUUGGCAAGUGUGGCGGAAGCGGAUUUCCUUGGAACAAGUUACCCUCGACGCGCAUUCUCCUUCCCCCAUCAGCAACUGCUGCAUCUGUCCCUCCUGAUGCGUGA